GCUAUAUAAAAGUGCCGGCGGAGCGCUGGCCUGAGUUUCUUUCGUCGCUUCGCGCCAGACUGGGUGUGCCUGAGGAAGCACGGGCCGCGGAAAGAGCGCUGCGCUCGGGCUAUCCAAUGCGUGGACUAUCUGCAGCCGCUGCUCGUGCAAUAUGCUGGAGCUCCAGAACAGCUAAACUGAGUCGCCACACCACUGCCUGGGCUGGAUCACAGCACUGUCUUUCCUUAUGAAGAAGACACAAACUUGGAUUAUCACUUGCAUUUAUCUUCAACUGCUCCUCUUUAAUCCUCCCGUCAGAACUACAGGAAUCUGCAUGAACCGGGUCACUGAUGAUGUGAAGGACGUUACAAAACUGGUGGGAAAUCUUCCAAAAGACUACAAAAUAACCCUCAAGUAUGUCCCCGGGAUGGACAUUUUGCCUAGUCAUUGUUGGAUAAGUGAAAUGGUGGAACAACUGUCAGUCAGCUUGACUGAUCUUCUGGACAAAUUUUCAAAUAUUUCUGAAGGCUUGAGUAACUACUCUAUCAUAGACAAACUUGUGAAAAUAGUGGAUGACCUUGUGGAGUGCAUGGAAGGACACCCAUUUGAGAAUGUAAAAAAACCAUCUAAGAGCUUAGAACCCAAGCUGUUUACUCCUGAAGAAUUCUUUAGAAUUUUUAAUAGAUCCAUCGAUGCCUUCAAGCACUUGGAGAUGGUGUCACCUAAAACUAGUGAAUGUGUGGUUUCUUCUACAUUAAGUCCUGGAGAAGAUUCCAGAGUCAGUGUCACAAAACCAUUUAUGUUACCCCCUGUUGCAGCCAACUCCCUUAGGAAUGACAGCAGUAGCAGUAAUAGGAAGGCCUCGUAUGCCACUGGAGCCUCCCACCUGCAGUGGGCAGCCAUAGUAUUGCCAGCACUCGUUUCUCUUAUGAUUGGCUUUGGAAUUGGAGCCUUAUACUGGAAGAAGAAACAACCGAAUCUGACAAGGGCAGUUGAAAAUAUACAGAUUACCGAAGAGGAUAAUGAGAUAAGUAUGUUGCAAGAAAAAGAGAGAGAGUUUCAAGAAGUGUAAUUGUGGCUUGUAUCAACACUGUUACUUUUCAUACAUUGGCGGGUAACAGUUCAUGUUUGCUUCAUAAAUGAAGCAGCUUUAAAACAAUUCAUAUUCUGUCUGGAGUGACAGACCGCAACUUUACCUAUUCUUGCUACCCAUGACUCUAUACGGAUGAUUCAGAAAUUGGAACAAAGUGUUUUACUGUGAAACUGGCACUGAAUUAAUCAUCUGUAAAGAAGAACUUGCAUGGUGCAGGACUCUAUUUCAAUGACUUGGGGAACUUGUAGUCUCGUUUAGAACCUGCAGCUGAUGAUGGGAGAGAAAAGCACGUGUCCCAGAUUGCGCACCCAUUUUGCAUGCCUCCAGAAAUGUCUAACUGCUGAGAAGCCACAUAGCUUUAUUUUCAGUUACAACCUGCAGUUUGUAGUUACCUUAGUCCCCUCAAGUGGAGUUCAGCGUGGAGAGUCAGGGUAGUGAUUUUUCUCAAAGGGAUCUAGAGGGAUUUUAAAGACAAAAGUCUUGAUAGCAUCAUCCACUGUAUCUAUGAGCAGCGAUGGAGGAAAAGUGAUUGGAAUAGGUGUCAUGUCAGCCUCUGUAGCUGCCGAUUAAUGAUAUGGGUCUGACCUCGGUCUCUUCCUGACAUAAACCAUGCUCACCCAUAUCCCACUAGACAGAUGGACAUGGUUGGCUGGAUCUAUCCAUUCAGGGGAGCCAGCACUGAAUUAGAGCAGUGAGGCCGUUGCAGAGGAGAGACUCCCCAAAAGAGUCAUCGCAGAGAGAAGCUCUGAACACUGAACGGUCGCCGAGGAGGACAUUUGUCGCCCCUGCUGAAGUCAGCCUUUCCCCUUGACCACUGUAACAUGUAUAAAUCAUGCUUGCAAAAUAUAUUACAAAAUGUUUAUAUUCUAAAACUAUUACAGAGUUAUGCUAAGGGACUUAGGGGAAACUGCUGAAUGUAUGAAGGUCCCAUUUUCAACUGCCACCCUGGGAGAGAGUAAAAAUAAAUUAUGACAUUUAGUAUCUAAGGUUAGAAAACCAUACCCACAUGCUGGUGUUGAAACUAGGUUGCUUGGAUUUUACAAGAAUGCAAGAAAUCAGGAAACUCUACUUAUUUAUAGUAUAAUCACUAUUAUCCCUUUAAAAGAUCCAUUUAUUUAAAAUCAGGCACUCUAUAUCCAUUAAGGUUUAUGAAUUAAAAAUAAAAAGAGAGCUUUAUGUAGUUAUGCAUGUCAUUUUGCUAUUUAAAAUGUAUGAUAGCGUUUGUCAUCUUGAGAGUGAAUUUGGCAGGAAUUCCCAAGAUGGACAUUGUGCUUUUAAACUAGAAAUUGUAAGAUGUGAAUUCCCCUUGCCAUUUUUUUAAAGGUCAAAAACAUCUGACUAAAGUCAAAGAAUGGAUUCCUAUGGUAUCUGAUGAAGGUUCUUUUACAGUAUCAUGAACAUACACAUAGAGGAAGCCAAAGCUUUCCAUUAUAACUUAGUCCUUACAAUAUUAUUGCCAUACACUGCCACCAUAGAUGACCAUUCACAAUGUAGUGAUACAAAAGGGCAUGAAAAACUAACUGCUAGUGUUUCUUUGAUUUCUAAAAUGUGAGAAUGUCUAGUGUAGUUGGAUUUUAGCUUACAUUCAAAUCUAACCCAAAUACAACUUCAAUCCGUGGCCUUUGCUCUUUUUUGUACCAAAGAGCCCAAAUGAUUUCUACAGUUCCUUUCCUUUUCUAAAGUGCUGUGGUUCUUUGAACACUAGUCAUUUUUCUAAGAUACACCCUAGUGUUUUGGGAAGCUGCAUUAACUUAUUUAGGCCCUCAGAUAUCCCAUGGUAUAAUCAAUUAGUAAUAGAACCAGAGGUCAUUUUAAUUGCUGAAAGGACCUGUCUCUGGCAUGUGGCAUUGAUUGUUCUGAGGAAAAUAGACAUAGAUUAAUAUGAGUUAUGUGAGUAGGUCAUGACUAGAUUGAGAAGAUUGAUGCUUAUUUAGUUUGACUUGUUUCACCAAUGGUUGUGAUUUUCUAAGGCAUGCGACAAUUUUGUUUAAUGAGCUUUUGAGAGUACAAUAAAUGUACUUUUGUUCUCAACUAGUAUCUAGGUUUUAGCGCACAAAGACAGGAUCCUAACUGAUAGAGUGAAAUCAACAAAUUCAGCAAAUUAUGAAACCUGGAAUGGUAGGUGAGGGGAGAUAUAUUCUGCCUAAUUAAAUGUAUUAGUUCAUUGAGAGUUACAUGUAUCACCAAUUUUUAAAACACUGAAGUUCCAUAAAAUGCAUGAACAAUAGAAAAAUGCUGAACAUUGUUUUCGAUGCUAGCUGUCUGGGUAUUAACUGUGUCAUACUUGCUUUAAGAUAUAUAUGUAUAUGUAUACACACAUAUGUAUAUACAUAUAUACACAUAUAUGUGCAUAUAUAUCUUAUCUGAUAUGUGUUUUACCUGACACAUGUUCUGAUAGUCUUUUUAAUAAAUCAGUGUUUCAAAAUUGCCUUUUAAACUGAUCUCAGAAGUCUGCAGAUUCUAAAUUAUACCGGAAGCUUUGUAACUCUUUGGUAGAACCCAAGUUUAUAAAGAAACUAGCUCUGUAAUAAACUGUUCCUGCCCACUGAUAUUCAAGUGUUCCUGGAAUUUGUAUUAUAAUCUACUGUGCUUACAACACUGCCACUUUUUAAUGACUCAGAGACAAAUUGGUUGUUUUAAAAUACGGUAAUAGAAUAAGUUAACUAUCCUCUUCAAAAAGGAUUAAGUAUGUGAAAAUGAAAAUGUAUGAAAAAGCAUGUAUUCAUAGUGAAGUAUUUGUUUUUUAGUAAGAAAUACAUUUUGUUGAGCAUUAAAGUACUUUGGAGAAACUUUGGCAUAUUUUGGAACUCCAAUUAAAGUUAAAUGAACAAAAAACACUGUUUAGAAUUCAUGAAUAUUACUUAUUGGUCUUCUGCAGCUAAGUUUUGGUUUCAAAAUGUAAUUCCAAUAUAGAGAUAUAUCCCUUCCAAACUAUGCUUCUUCAACUACAAGUUGUUUUUCCAAAAGCCAUGUUUAGCAUAAUGAAGUAAAUACUGGGAAAAAUUAUAAGAAUUCUUCACUUUGCUAUUAACUGGUUUUGUAACAUGUAUAAAUCAUGUUUACAAAAUCACCAUUCCUCUCUCAGUUUUGUAUUUAUCUGUAUGACGAACUCAGAGGUCACACGUUAGAUGGGAAACAUUGAUAUAUGACUGACAAUGAAAAUAAAAUAGAGCUGAAACCACCCCAUGCGAAAUACCCAACUCUGAUCUUCGUGAAUAAGGAAUUUGAACAUAAAAAAUCAUUGUUGCCCUGGCCGCAUUGCUCCAUCCGUCAGAGCGUCAUCCUGAUGCCCCAAGGUUGCAGGUUCUAUCCCUGGUCAGGGGCACGUACAGGAAUCAACCAAUGAAUACAUCAAUAAGUGGAACAAUAAAUCGAUGUCUCUCUCUCUCUCUCCCUCUCUCCCCUUCACCCCCCCUUCCUUCCCUCCCUUCCUUUGUCUCUUAAGUAAAAGAAAAGUCAUUUCUGUUCUUGUUUGUAAUGUAAAUAGGGUCCAUUAGUAAAAGUGAAGUUCAGUCUUAUGUGGGUGAAUCGGAUAACCAUUUACAUAAGAGAUGGCUUUUUCCUUUGCUUAAAUAAACAUUUUGGAUCACCUGUGAAGAAUGAAAAGCACUACUAUAUUUUAGUCAUUUUAAUCAGGAAGGGAUAUAAGAUGUGUGUAACAUUUGGAAAUGUACCAAAUGUAAGCAUUUAAAUCUUCUCAUUUUCAUAAAAGCUAAGAGUUGAAAAUGUUAAGAUGCUCAUCAAGGUUUUUUUAGAAUGCCAAAAGAUAAUUUAGGAUCUAUUUGGAGAGAGGUCAUUCAUAAAUUUUGUUUUAAAUUGGAAGGUGGGGUAAGAAUUUUAAAGUAACCUAGCUUGUCUUUGAAACAUUUUGAAAUUGUCAUUAAAAUAUAAACAUUCAGACUGAACUUCUGACUAGUUUAUUUGUGGUACCGGGUCACACAGUGUGUGGUGUUACCGCUUUCCAUGAAUGAGUCUGGAAAUGCUUUUGUUUGUGAAGAAAAAAUAACAGUGCUUUCAUUUCUUAACAAGCCAUUGUUUUAGAAAUAAUCCAUAUUAAAACGGAUAUUCAUGAUCCCAAAAUGUUUGCUAAGCAUUUUAAACUGAUAACUGCCAUUUCCAACCAUAUCUUGAUGAUGAUUUUGAAGAUAACUGUUUAAAAACCAUAGUCUUUUCAGUUACUUGAUCUCUGAGCUGUCAGAUUCACUAAAUAACAUUUCUAACAACAUAUCCCAUUCUCCUGUGUUCUAAAGAUUAAUGUGUGAUUUUAGUGUCCCACUUGCCAAAGUUUUUUAAAUCAAUGGACGUGGAAAGUAUUCAGACAUUUAGAUGAAUGCACAGAUACAUUGCUAGUUCAGUCAGAUUGGAGUUUGCAUAUUGUAAUGUAAAUGUAUGUCAGCACUAUUCUAAAUAGUUUUAUUAUGACUGAAGUUUAAUUAAAUAAAAAUGUUGUAAAAUGUGAUGUGUAUGUGUAUAUACUGUAUGUGUACUUUUUAAAAUAGGUAUAUGGUCUGACCUUUUUUAUACAGGUUUGAAUUUGAAAU